UCUCUUUCGAGGUUGAGAUUGAGAACCAAAUCCAAUUUAACAUUAAAAACCAGAAGGCGAAAAAUUUCCUGAACUCGCCUUCAAUCAAUCUCUGAUUGCUUCUGUGGCUCUCUCGCUCGAACUUGGAUUCUGAGACCGUUUGGAUUAGUGGUGGAAGAACAAUGUCCUCUUCUUCGGUAAUUACACCAGAAGACGUGCUCGAAUCUCUUAUGAACGAUGGCACCAUCGAUGCCCUUCGACUAAAGAUCAUCAAUCAACUCAAAGCCAAUGAAGAGUUGAAGAGCACAACCAUUAAGAUGGCGGAGGAGAGCAAAGUUCUUAACACACCUGGUGCUGAGAAACAGACUAAACGAGAACUCUUUGAUGCUCUUCGCCAAGAACUCGAAGGGCCAGUGCUAGAGAAGGCAUCAAAAUCGGUUUGGGAGUUGAUUCUUGAGAAAGACGGGUUAGGGAAAGAGAUAAAUGAAACAGUAGAACGCGUCUUUUGUCGUCUAAGCGGGCGAGAACCGCCCUUGUUUUCAUCAUCAAACGUGGAAAACCAGAUGGUGAUAGAGAAAGAGAUGGAAACAAAGGAGGACAAUAGCUCAAAUACGGAAGCCAAGAAAAGAAGUCUUAGCGAGGUGAAUCACUCCGAAGUUACAAUAAGGAAGAAGAAGCAACAAGGGGAUUCCUCCAAUGAUCAUGUAACGCCAUGAGCCUGGUUAUGAGACAUUCAUCAUGUAACGUUCUGUUCAUGUUUUUAUUUGUGAAAUAUCUCUUCCCAGCAAUAUCUCAUGUAAUUUAUAUUUGCAUAAAACAUUGGACCGAAUUAGUAAUUACCAUCACGUCACAUUUCUGCUAUGAAAAUAAUCUCUUUACUA